UUUGUCGUGAAAAGACUUAGUACCAAAUUUUACGUUUAGCCAUGAAGCUGUUGAUCGUCCUUGCUCUUGUUGCUGUUAGCCAGGCUGUUGUCCUGCACCGCCCUGGCUACUAUUACCCUGGUUACUACUACGGUCUCGGAAUGAGCACUCAGUACAGAAACCAGGAUACCAUCGGUAACUACAACUUUGGCUACGAUGAGGAUCAUCUAGCCGGCGGUUCUUACCGCAGGGAACACGGCACUGGCUAUGGAAACGUGAAAGUUGGUUCCUAUGGUCUGAGAGAGGCUGACGGCAACAUCCGCCAUGUCGAUUACGUCGCUGAUGGUGCUGGUUUCCGGGUGAAGAUGCGAACCUCUGGGGACGUUCCUGAGAAGACCGCCGCUAAUGUUGAAGUUAGCAAGAUCGAGCCCGUUGAGGUCAAGCCCGUCAAGCCAGUUGUUCAGUACGCUCCUCAUCACUACAACUGGGCUGCUCCUCACUACUCCUGGGGCUACCCCUACAAAUACGUUGUCUAAUUUCUUGACAUCUAUGUGAAUAUGAGUGUAACAUCUUUUCCCUGUUUUGU